GCUGCACAAUUCUAUUUUUCAGGGAAGGGAAUAGCUGCCAAAACCUGGUUUCAGGUCCCGUUAAGAGAGUCACUCAAGUUGGUGCCACAAGUAUUUUGCUCGCUGGCAGAUAUCUUUCCAAACUUCUGCAUCCUUCUGGGUGACAUCCUUUGCUCAGAGACAUCCUCGUUUUUUCUUUUAGAAGAUUAUCAAACUCACUGGUUUUCAGCCUGGUUCUCUUUUAUCCUCUGGUUGUCCUGCUGAUAGACGACGUGUGCAAGAAUUUGUCAACAGCAGCUCACAACCGCAAAGCCAGAUAAUUUCUCAGAAAAGCAGAUUCCAAAAUGCGUGGUGGUGUGAAUUUAUCCAUCAUCUUUUUAUACUUCUGCUUUGUAUCAAGCUUGGCUGGAAGCACAAAGAGAGAAAAUAAGAAAGAAGAGCGAGUUGUUGUAAUGGCAACCGCAGAGCUCCCUGCAAAAUUGGUUGAUCUGGCAGCGAUGAACCUGACGGGGAUGGUGAAUGGCAUGCUAAACACCGCUCUCAGAGGAACUAAAGAGUUCUUCUCUUUGCUGAGCAUCGUAUCUUAUAGUUCGUAUGCCUUCCACAAAGUUUCCAUUGUCCUCUACAACAUAUCCAGCUUAAGGAACAUAGAUCCUACCAAGUUCUCCACACGAUACUGCUACUGCCUAAACAACAGGACUAACGACUUAACAGGCAAGUUGUGAAAUAGGAGAAGUUCAAAAGAGAUGUAAUUUUUCAGUGAUUAUAGUUUCAUGCAGGCAAUAUAUUGCCACUAAGAGGUGGAAAAGUAAAAAAGAAAAAGAACAUUCUUCCUAAUUGUUUCUUUUUUCUUAUACCCUCAGUAAAUGUUAGCAUUUUUUCUUGUUAAGAAUAGAAUAGAUUUUUGUAAACAACAUAUAUGAACAUUAAGGUUAC